AUGUCUCUGCCAACGCCAACGUCAACACGUCCAAUUUGUACAACGUUUGUACAAUCGUCAAAUAUUCAACAGGACAACAACAACGAUAAUCAACAAAACGUUACGAGUGUUGCAGUAUCAACAAACGUACAGACAACAACACCACAACGUAUAGUAAUGACAACAGACCAUCAAGGUGUGACGUCAUCGGUAGCAUAUAGGUAUACACCACACACACAAACUCCAAUGUUUGGUCGUUAUUUUGAGUUUUCACCACGGAAUGUUGCUACAACAAAAAAUCACCCAAAAGGAAUACAAAAAAAAAACGCAAAUCCCAGUGUUAAUCCUCCAAAUAUACAACAACUUGCAUCUGCAAAUUUGGUAACAAAUACAGCCCCAGCUACUACAGCUAAUGAAGUUACUAUUCCUGUACCCAUUGUAAAUAACGAAGGCACUUAUGCUUAUAUAACUGUUAAAGGUUCUUUACGUGAUCGUUCUUGUUCUCUUUUUGGUUUGAAUGACACCGAAAUACAGGCGCUAUCGAAACGUUUCGAAAACAGUGUUAAACCCGUGAUGAAUGGUGUUAUGGUAUCAGCCUCUCAUCUUGUUAUGCUAAAUACCUUGGCACAAUUGAGCUAUAAAGUUGUUUGCAGUUGUGGAAAAGCUGAAAUCUGUUGGACUAUGCAACGUGAAAUCUAAUAAAAAUUGAAAUUAUAAAAUAAUA